AUGGAGCAAGGAGAGCAAGAGGCGGCAAUGGAAACACUCAAUAUCGCUAGGGCAACCCUUACAGUUUUCGAUACAACACAAGCAACAGUGUCCCCCAUUGCAUCUGAACUGAUUUAUCAGUUGGUAAAACACAAAGGAUUUCAUCAGACAGUCGCUGGAUUCAAGGAGUACAACAAAGUAGUAACAGAAGCUGUGGUCUAUGGUAGUGCAGAUGACGCAGAUGACAUCAUUGACAGCUCUAAGGCACUGAGGAAGAAAAUUGCAAAUGUUUUUAACAACGAAGUAACCACAUUUCUGAGAAACACCCAAGGGUAUGAUGAUCUUGUGAAGAGUCUAAAUAAUGCCAAAAAGUGGGCGAACGGUUUGACCUGGGUUGAUACCAUAAGUGGGCCAUUCUUUGAUGCCGCCAAUGUAGCAUUUUCUGGCUGGCAACUGCAUAAUACAAUCCAUGACAAAGAUUCUCCACCAGAAGUCAGGUCUUUAAAUAUUGCAAGUGCAUCACUGGGAGUUGCUAGCGGGGCCGUUGGAGUGACAGCGUUCGUUGUGGGGGCAUUGGCAACUGCUGGAAGUACUCUGGCUGCAGUGGCAGGUCCUGUUGGUGCAAUUAUAGGAUGCGUGCUUUCACUUGCGUCAAUUAUUAUUGACCUGAUCAAUUCUGCAAAUCCGCAUGUCACCAUAGGCGAACAUCUUGAUGCAAUUCAGAAACUGAAAGAAGGUUCCUUAAAGUAUCUGCAAAACCAAGUUAACAUAACCCAGCAAGUCUCUCCCAUAUUUAAUCAAAACACUGGAUUUGACACCAUUUACGAAGUUAAUCAAGGAAAUUUAAUAGUAGCGAUGCGCAACGAUCAGUCUCAACGUAUUUGGGGGUUUGAAGAUAUUACAGAUCUCGUAUUCAAUGCUUCAAUGAAGCCCGGUAAAGAGAAUGGGUACCUUACAAUGGGAAAGAAACGUAUGUUUGACAAGUCAAACUACGGCAGCAAUUUCUUCUUCCAGCCCAAAGGUAUAGUGGAACUCGGUUACGACUAUUAUGGAAACGUCACUAAUCCCGAAGGAAAGGGAGUGACCGUUGUUGCUAACACGGCCAUGGUUGCUGAGCAGUUUAGCAUCAGGGGAGUUAGAAUCGACACUGAGGUAGAAAACGACGAAGAACAGAAGAACCCUGAUAACGUUGUGUUUGGUGAAUACGCAGGCCUUGCUUGA